AUACAACUACACUUAACCUAAACCAUAAAAAAAAAGUUUAUCUUGUUACACUUCAGUAACAAAAAAUUAUAUUUCAUGUAAUUUUAUAAUUUUGUGCAUUUACAUUAUAUUAUUAUUAAAUAUAAUGACUUCUCGACUGUAUACGCUUUUACGCUUAAAAUCUUGCAAUACCAAAGAAAUAAAAAAUUGCAUAGUUCAAAAUGUUAAUUGCAUAAUUGAAAAUUCUAAGCUUUCUUACUGUUCUUCAGCUAAUAUACUUAAAGAUAAAGCAACGAAUAUUAAUGAUAAAUCAAAGAAUGUUAUGCUUAAUAAUAUAGGUUAUGAAAAGUCAACUGGUAAUGUACUUGCAAGAGAUAAUAAAAACAAUAUAUAUAAUGACACAGUAACACAAGUAACUAAAUCAGAUGGUAAUGAACUGAAACGGCCAUGUAAUAUUGAAUUUUUGGAAAAAAAUAUUUAUAAAAUUGAUAAUGCUCUGGAAGAGGUAGAUGAAAAACUACCAGGACCGUUUGAUCAAUGCAACGAAGACUUGUCUCAUAUUGGACCUUAUAUAACAGGAACUUAUAAUUUUGCGAAAUUCGCAAAUGAUUCACAUACAAUUCAACAAUUAGUUAAAUUAGGAGUUGAAUUGUACAAAAUAGAAUCAGAUAGAGAAGUAUUAGAAAUGUUUUUAAAACUAGAUUUUGAAAGAGAUAUGAAACCAUACAUACAAUUUUUAUACAACUGUGGUGUAAGUUCAGAAAAUCUUGGAUUUUUUAUCACUAGAUUUCCCAAGAUUUUUAAAGAAGAUAUAGAUGAUCUUCAUACAAGAAUAAGAUAUUUAAGAGCUCAUGAUUUUAACAUAACAAUGAUACAAACAAUAGUAAAUAAACAUCCACCUUGGUUAGCUUUCAAAACACAAGAGAUAGAUCACAGACUUGGUUAUUUUCAAAAUAAUUUUGAACUGAAUGGUUCUCAAGUAAGAAAUUUGGCGGUAAAAUGUCCAAAACUUAUAACAUAUGAUAUGAAACGUAUAAGGCACAGUAGUUUUGCUAUAAAAGAAGAAAUGGGUUUCACUAAAUUAGAAAUAUAUCGUAUCUUGCAUAAAGCACCAAGAGUGUUAAUUCGAGCUAGAACCGAAGUGGUGAAAACCUUCGAUUAUCUACACAAUCAAAUGAAUUUGUCACAUGAUAUUAUUAGCCAAGAACCAAUAGUUUUAUUAUGUAGAAAAAAAAGACUUGAAGUCAGACAUAGGUUUUUAGUCGAAUUAAAAAAAGAUCAACAUGACCCUACAAAACCAUUAUAUGUGUCACCAUUAUGUUUGGUAAGAGGUAGUGAUGAUGAGUUCUGUGAAAAAAUUGCAAAAACAUCUAUUUAUACUUACAAUGACUUUCUAAGAACUUUUUAAUGUAUAAAAUAAAUAUAAUUGUAUCAUAACAUUUA